AUGGAUUGGGUAAAUAUUCCGUCAAUGACAGGAUUAUGUUCCCAAGUGCUCCAUAUUGAUAUUAAAUUGCAUGAAAGGCAAAAUCUGAAUAUCCUUUUGCCAAUCAACUUACCAACCGUAUCUCCUUACCUUCAUUUUCAAUUCUUCUCCAUCACUUUCAUUGUUUUGCUGACAAUUCUUUCGCCUGUCUCAGCGGAAAAGACUGAAGUUGUUCUUAAUUUUGGACACCUCUUUGUGUGGAUAAGUUUGAUUCAGCAUGGUGUUGUUGAGUAUGCAGACGGCUGUAAAGACGCUUGCAAACUGGGCCUUAUGCGUCAUCAGCCUAAAGUAAGACUUAGUCACUGGUCCGUAACGUAUUUUUGUGUGUCGGCAGAUCAGUGCUCAGAAUUCACUUUUGGUAUCCCUUCAGUGACCGGUCUCCAGUACCAAACUUCUCUUCUCAAACUCGACUAA